AUGCCACACCAGCCUCGGAAAGCCACCGACAUCAGCAUGCAACUGAUCAUGAGGACAGUGGUAAAUUCUGGGUCCAGUGCCCUGGUAUGGGUGGGCUUUCUGUUUCUGGCAUUUACUACCACGGCCACUGGGUCCAAAGUCACUGGUCCUGAAGUGGACACCCCACUGGGCCGUGUGCGAGGCCGGCAGAUGGGUGUGAAGGGCACAGAUCGCCUCGUGAAUGUCUUCCUGGGCAUCCCAUUUGCUCAGGCACCCCUGGGCCCUCUCCGGUUCUCAGCCCCACUCCCAGCCCAGCCCUGGGAGGGUGUGCGGGAUGCCAGCACUGAUCCCCCCAUGUGCCUGCAGGAUGUGAAAAGAAUGAACAACAGCAGAUUUACACUCAAUGGAAAACACCAGCUCUUCUCUGUUUCUGAGGACUGCCUGGUCCUCAACAUCUACAGCCCAGCUGAGACCACUUCAGAGACCAGGAGGCCGGUCAUGGUAUGGAUCCAUGGAGGCUCUCUGAUUGUUGGUUCUGCCACAUCCCAGGAUGGAUCAGCACUGGCUGCCUAUGGGGAUGUGGUAGUAGUCACAGUCCAGUACCGCCUUGGGCUCCUUGGCUUCUUCAGCACUGGGGACAAGCAURUGCCUGGCAACCAGGGCUUCCUAGAUGUGGUGGCUGCUCUACACUGGGUGCAGGAAAACAUCACCCCCUUUGGAGGUGAUGUCAACUGUGUUACCAUCUUUGGUGGAUCUGCUGGUGGUGUCAUCGUCUCUGCACUCGUCCUGUCUCCGAUGGCUACAGGGCUGUUCCACAGAGCCAUAGCACAAAGUGGGGUCAUCACUCUUCCAGGGCUCAUGGAACCCAACCCAUGGCCCAAAGCUCAGAAUGUAGCACGCUCCUUGGCUUGCAACUCUGACUCCCCGGCCGAGCUGGUACAAUGCCUUCAGCAGAAGAAAGAGCAGGAGCUGAUCACCAGCCUGUCGAAUAAUUUGAUCUCUUCCUACACCAUUGAUGGCUCCUUCUUUCCCCAAAGUCCCCAGGAGCUCAUAAAUGAGCRGCAAUUCCACUCUGUGCCCUUCCUCCUGGGUGUCAACAAUCAUGAGUUUGGCUGGCUCAUUCCCAAGGCCUGGGGUAUUCUGGAUAAGAUGGAACAGAUGAGCCAGGAGGACAUGAAGGCCUUCUUGAGACKCUUCUUGACUGAUUCGGAUGUGCCCCCUGAGAUGAUGUUCACCAUCAUAGAUGAAUACAUAGACAAUCACUCAGAUGCACAAGCCAGAUGCCACAGCUUCCAGGAAUUGAUGGCUGACAUCCUUUUCUACAUUCCCACCUUGAAUUUCUCAAGAAAUCUCCAGGAUUCUGGAGGCUCCGUCUUUCUCUAUGAGUUCCAGCAUCCACCCAGUUCUUUUGUGAAGAUCAAACCAGCCUGGGUCAAGGCUGACCAUGGAGCUGAGAGUGCCUUCAUGUUCGGGGGUCCUUUCCUCAUGGAUGAGCGCUCCCUCCUAGCCUUUCCAGAGGCCACAGAGGAAGAGAAGCAGCUGAGCCUCACCAUGAUGGCCCAGUGGACCCACUUUGCCCGAACAGGGGACCCCAAUGGCAAAGGGCUACCUGCUUGGCCCCGGUUCAGUAAGUCGGAGCAAUACCUGGAGAUUGGCCUGGUGCCACGAAUCAGGCAAAAGCUAAAGGAGGCCCGAAUGCAGUUCUGGACGGAGACGCUCCCCAGGAGGAUCCAACAGUGGCACCAACAGCAGAAGAGCAGGAAAGUCUCAGAGGAGCUCUGAGGCAGGCCUGGGCCUUCUAGACUAGGACCAACCCAAAGGUUAUCAAAGUUCCAGGAAGGGGAUUCCACCUUCUGGGUCCCCUUCUUCCUCCUGGAGAAGUCUUUUCUUCUGUCCUUUA